UCUUAUUCUGACAGGGAACAGCUCUGGGGCUCCUGUCUUGGGAAAAGUUCAAAAAGUUGCCAAGUUAGAGUCCAGACGCAGUGCAAGAAAUUGGACCAUGAAGCAUGACGCACAUCUUCAGGCAAAAACGCUGGGCACUGGUAAAGCCAUCGCCGUGCUCACCUCUGGGGGAGAUGCCCAAGGGAUGAAUGCUGCUGUCCGAGCUGUGGUGCGUGUUGGGCUCUACACUGGAGCAAAGGUUUUCUUUGUCCAUGAGGGUUAUCAAGGCCUGGUAGAUGGAGGAGAUAACAUAAAGGAAGCCAACUGGGAAAGUGUUUCCAUGAUCGUCCAGCUGGGAGGCACAGUAAUAGGUAGUGCCCGCUGCAAAGAUUUCCUUGAACGUCCAGGUCGACUUCAAGCUGCCUGCAAUCUUGUGAAACUUGGGAUCACCAAUUUAUGUGUCAUUGGAGGUGAUGGCAGCCUCACUGGAGCAGACACUUUCCGUGCUGAAUGGAGUGGCCUGUUGGCUGACUUACAGAAAGAAGGCAAGAUCACAGAAGAAGAGGUGAAGAAGUCCAGUUACCUGAAUAUUGUGGGCUUGGUUGGCUCCAUUGACAAUGACUUCUGUGGCACAGACAUGACCAUUGGUACUGAUUCUGCCCUACACCGUAUUAUAGAAAUUGUGGAUGCUAUCACCACCACAGCCCAAAGUCACCAGAGGACUUUUGUAUUGGAAGUGAUGGGCCGGCACUGUGGAUAUCUUGCCUUGAUCACUUCUAUUGCCUGUGGAGCUGACUGGGUUUUUGUUCCUGAGUGUCCACCAGAUGACGAUUGGGAGGAUCAUCUUUGCCGCCGGCUCACUGAGACAAGGUGCCGUGGUUCCCGUCUCAACAUCAUCAUUGUGGCUGAAGGAGCAAUUGAUAGACAUGGGAAACCCAUCACGUCUGAGAACAUCAAGGAUCUGGUGAUGAAGCGUUUGGGAUAUGAUACACGCGUCACUGUCCUGGGACAUGUGCAACGGGGUGGUACCCCUUCAGCUUUUGACCGAAUUCUGGGUAGCAGGAUGGGGAUGGAAGCUGUGAUGGCCUUAUUGGAGGGAACACCAGACACCCCUGCUUGUGUAGUAACUCUCUCUGGUAAUCAGGCUGUGCGUCUACCACUCAUGGAAUGUGUUCAGGUGACGAAAGAUGUGACUAAAGCCAUGCAAAAUAAGAAAUUUGAUGAAGCCAUGAAGUUGAGAGGCCGGAGCUUCCAGAACAACUGGGAUGUAUACACACGGCUCGCUCACGUCAAAGCCCCAACGAUUAGCCAGGUUAAGAAUGUCGUGGCUGUAAUGAAUGUAGGAGCCCCAGCUGCAGGUAUGAAUGCAGCUGUUCGUUCUUCUGUAAGAAUCGGGCUCAUCCAGGGCAACCAAGUGCUGGUUGUACAUGACGGCUUCGAGGGGCUGGCCAAGGGUCAGAUUGAGGAAGUUGGCUGGACCUAUGUUGGAGGCUGGACUGGGCAAGGUGGCGCUAAACUUGGAACCAAGAGGACUCUGCCCAAGAAGCUUUUUAAGGAGAUCAGUGCUAAUAUCACCAAGUUUAAAAUCCAGGGCCUGAUCAUUAUUGGGGGCUUUGAGGCUUACACAGGAGCUCUGGAAUUGAUGGAAGGUCGUACAAAGUUUGAGGAGCUCUGCAUCCCAUAUGUAGUCAUUCCUGCUACUGUUUCCAACAAUGUCCCUGGCUCUGACUUCAGUAUUGGAGCUGAUACUGCACUUAAUGCCAUCUGCAUGACUUGUGACCGACUCAAGCAAUCAGCAGAAGGCACCAAGCGACGUGUGUUCAUCAUUGAGACCAUGGGUGGUUAUUGUGGCUAUCUAGCUACCAUGGCGGGGCUAGCAGCUGGGGCUGAUGCUGCUUACAUCUUUGAGGAGCCUUUCAAUAUACAUGACUUGCAGGCAAAUGUUGAACAUCUAGUGCAAAAGAUGAAAUCAACAGUGAAGAGGGGAUUGAUUGUAAGGAAUGAGAAGUGCAAUGAAAAUUAUACCACUGACUUUAUCUUCAACCUGUACUCAGAAGAAGGAAAAGGCAUCUUUGAUAGCAGGAAGAAUGUGCUGGGCCAUAUGCAACAGGGUGGAAGUCCAAGUCCAUUUGAUAGAAACUUUGCUACUAAGAUGGGAGCCAAGGCUAUGACCUGGAUAUCAACAAAAAUCCAAGAAAAUGUCCGUAAUGGACGUGUUUUUGCCAAUUCACCUGAUUCAGCUUGUGUACUGGGGAUGCGUAGGAGAGCCUUGAUCUUCCAACCAUUAUCUGACCUCAAAGAAGAAACAGACUUUGAACACAGGAUCCCUAAGGAGCAGUGGUGGAUGAGAAUCCGGCCUCUCCUCAAAAUCCUGGCCAAAUAUGAUACUGACCUGGACACUACAGAUCAUGCUCACCUGGAACAUGUCAAGCGCAUGUCUAUGGAAUCUGCAAGCCCCUGAGUAAAUGGAGAAAGAGCUGGAAAUACUCAGCUCAUUCUCUGGCUAGUCCAUGCCUAGACUCCUUAUUUUUGAAUUCUCAGUGUUCUGGAUCCUUUCUCUUUAAAUUUUACCUUACCCUAUAAUCACAGCCACAAGCAAGUGGUUUCAGUUUUAAGAGCUGGAGGGAAGUUGGGUAGCUUCUACUCCACAUUUUUGUUAUCUCAGGCAAGUUUCCUUGCUACAUUUCACUCGGUUAUCAAUUUCCUAAAAACAAGUGUUAUUUAUUUUCCCAUUUGUAAUUUGGACACAAUGAUUGUGGUUUCCAUAUCGCUUCUGUUGUGGUGAUAAAUGCUGUAGGUACAAUAAUAAAUGCAAUGUCAUUAUG